UGGAGAACACAGUCAGAGGGUUUUAGGUUUUAAGGUUCCUCUCUGCCUUUCUGAUUGACGCUACUCGUCUCCAUCUCUGCUUCGACUUAGGCUCAUUUUGAGGCUUCUCUCGUUUUAAAAAUAGAAACAACUUCAAACUGUGCCUAACCGCCUUUGUUCGCUCUUUGACGACGAAAUUACCCUUUGAGUAUCCACUCCAGCUACCAUACGUUUCUUCCAACUUCUUCUCCAGGCUUCAAGUAGAUUGAUUGUAUUGAAAUAGCAGAAAGAUGUCUGCUGAAGCACCCACCAGCAUGGAGACUGAAACAGUGGCUUCUGAAACAAAACUUGAAUCCAAUACAUUGCCCCCAAAGCCGAAAUUCGAGCCUCUGAAAGCUCAUGAGAUGUCCGAUGGUCGGAUCCAGUUUCGUAAGGUCUCGGUUCCACCGCAUAGGUAUUCACCUCUGAAGAAAUACUGGAUGGAUAUCUAUACACCAAUUUAUGAACAGAUGAAGAUUGAUAUCCGUAUGAACCUCAAAGCUCGGAAAGUUGAACUGAAAACUAGAUCCGAUACACCUGAUGUUAGUAACCUACAGAAGUGUGCCGACUUUGUCCAGGCUUUCAUGUUGGGUUUCGAUGUCCCAGACUCCAUUGCUCUUUUGAGGUUGGAUGAGCUAUAUGUUGAGUCCUUUGAAAUCAAGGAUGUAAAGACACUCAGAGGAGAGCACUUGUCUCGUGCCAUUGGAAGACUGUCUGGGAAAGGUGGUAAAACGAAGUUUGCUAUCGAGAAUGCUACAAAGACUCGGAUCGUCAUCGCUGACACCAAGAUUCAUAUACUGGGAUCUUUUGCUAACAUCAAGAUUGCCAGGGAUUCUCUUUGCAGCCUCAUAUUAGGUUCCCCUGCUGGGAAAGUCUAUUCAAAACUUAGACAAGUUACAGCCAGAUUGGCAGAAAGGUUUUGACUGUUCUUUGUAAUUUGAUUGGAGUUUUGUUAUUGAAUUAUGGAUUUUUAA